CUGAAGUGCAGGGAGCACCGUGAUGAGCUUAAGCUCUUCUGCAUGGAGGAAAGGGUCCCUGUGUGCUGUCUGUGUGUCCUGGUUGGCAUGCACAAGAACCACCAAGCUGCCCAGCUCCAUGAAGCCUGCACAGACUUCAAGAGCUUGCUAGAGACCACUAUGAACCGACUGCUGCAGAGGAGAGGUGAAGCAGAACAUGCCAUCCAGGACUUGGAGUCACUGUACACACAAACAGUGAAGUCUGCUGCAGAUUACAAAGAGAGAAUCUCAGACAAGUACAGCAGGAUCCGUGUUGUGCUGGAUGGCGAUGAACGUCUGAUGAUGCAGAUCAUAGACGCAGAGGAGACAUGUAUGACGGAGUGGCUGGAAGCCCAGAGGGGAAUCAUGGAGGCUCGGAUUGAAGAGAUAGACAGCCUCAGAGCCUCCAGUAAAUCACUCCUACAAGAAACAAAUGAUCUGCGAUUCCUACAGCAAAUCACAGCACAGAACCUUUGUUUUGAUUGUAGUGACCCUUUGGAUUUAGCACCAAUCCAGGAAAUAGACAAAGAUCUGUGCGACCCUGAGAAGCUGAGAACAAUAGAGAGGCUGGUGGAUGACCUCACAGUAGCUCUGUCCCAACACUUUCCACGAAUGUGGUCAUAUCUAAGUUCUCCUGCGCUGGACUCCAAAACAGCCCAUCCGAAAUUGGAAAUAUCCCAGGAUAGCAAACAAGUGUACUGGAGACAGCAGCCUGUCAGUGACGCCCUGAGUACUCAGCCAUAUGACUCCCAGUACAGUGUUCUGGGUCAGGAGAGUUUCACUACUGGCCAGCACUACUGGGAGGUCAUUGUGCAGGAGAAACCCUACUGGCUGAUAGGUGUGACCACUGGGCCAGUCGAUAAAAAAGACAGCCUAAAUCAGAAGCUCCCCGGCCUAGGUGUGAACAAGACAUCCUGGUGCAUCUAUCAUGGAGACGGACAGUACCUGGCAUGCCAUGACACACAGGAGAAACAGCUGUCAGUUGGGAUGAGAGUCAGAAAGCUGGGCAUACUGGCAAAUCUCCAGAAGGGGGAGCUGUCAUUCUACAAUGCAGACACUAUGACCCUGCUUCACUCUUUCUGUGUGCAGUGCAAAGAGCCUCUCUAUCCCAUACUUAACCCCUGCAAUGACGUGAAUGGACUGAACAGGCAGCCUCUCAUCUUGUUUUGUAUUAAGGACCCCUGGGAUUGGCAUUUAAACACAGAAGGAGAUAAAGAGUUACCUUAGAUGACAACCCUACUUUGCAGUGUUGUGAACACAGUUUCACUGAAAACAAAGUCUGUAUCUUUUCUUCCCAUGUUUACUCCAGUAAUGUGAAAAUGUCACACAUUAAAGCUACAGUACCAGUCAAAAGUUUGGACACACUUUCUCAUUGAUGUGAAUGGGAAAGUGUGUCCAAACCUUUGACUGGUAAUCAAUGACCCUGCAUGAAAUUGUCCCAGCUAAAACUACAACCAAUGACCAAGACAUAGAACUACCUCUGUGUUUGAAAAUUAUAGUUGAGAAUAGAUGUUUUAACCAUUUUUCUUUUAAAUGUACCUGACUAAUUCCCAUAUUAGUCUCAUGUUUUAAUCCUAUAUACCUUCUUAGACAUGAUUUUGACGUGAUGUAGUCCAGGGAGUAAAUGACCCGUGUAUAAACUACUGGCUCGCUCUUCUUUUACAACAAUCCCAUCAGCUCCCCAGACAAUGGAGGACUUGCAUGACUUCAGUCUCACAUGUCGGUGUCCCUCACAGAGUUGGCUUGCAUUG